AUGGCGUUAAUAGUAGGGUCUUUAGAUGGGGCUGAUAUUGGGGUGAUCGUAGGUUAUUUCGCUGUCGUUAUUGGAGUAGGUGUUUGGUCGUCGUGUUGUAAUCGCGGAAGUGUCGGGGGGUAUUUUCUUGCCGGAAGAUCGAUGAAUUGGGCGCUGGUUGGAGCUUCUCUUUUUGCCAGUAACAUUGGAUCUGGUCAUUUCAUUGGUUUAGCAGGCGCUGGAGCGGCUUCUGGAAUAGCUGUUGGUGUGUUCGAAUUGAGCGCUGAUUUGUAUGCCGGUGCGAUAUUUAUCGAUCAGGCCUUAAACCUGAACUUGUAUCUUGCUAUUGUCAUGCUUCUGAUUAUUUCUGGCUUGUUCACGAUUCUCGGUGGUUUAACUGCCGUGAUCUGGACUGAUGCCAUUCAAACCGUCCUUAUGGUAGUUGGCGCCGUGUACUUGAUGAUAAGCGCUUUUCUUCAUGUCGGUGGCUUCCAUAACAUGGUCACUGCUUACUUCAAUGCGAUUCCGAACACAACUCGACUGUAUCGGCAAAGAGAUCCGAUAAUCGGUCUUAACAAUGUCACUCUGCCGAACGGGAGUGGGGAUAAUUAUGUGAUGUGUGGUGUACCAACAGAGGACGCAUUUCAUAUGUUUCGUGAAGUCGAAGAUCCCGAUCUGCCUUGGACCGGUGUGAUUUUUGGCCUUACCAUCAGUAAUAUAUGGUACUGGUGCACGGAUCAAGUGAUUGUACAAAGGACGUUAUCCGCGAAGAAUUUGACUCAUGCCAAGGGCGGUUGUCUGCUGGCCGGUAUUCUCAAACUGCUCCCCUUGUGGCUACUCAUCUUUCCGGGAAUGAUUGCACGUAUUCUGUUCGUGGACGAAGUUGGUUGUGCUGAUCCGGCCGUAUGCAAGAGUGUGUGCGGGAAGGAGAGAGGUUGUACGGACAUCGCCUAUACUCGGCUGGUACUGAAACUGUUACCGUCCGGAGCUCGGGGUUUGAUGCUUGCCGUAAUGAUUGCCUCUUUGGUAUCGAGUCUGACGAGUAUAUUCAAUUCCAGUUCAACUCUUUUCACCAUGGAUAUUUGGCGUCGAUUCAGACCGAGAGCACGUUCAGCCGAGUUGAUGAUAGUUGGCAGACUGUCCACAUUUGCAUUGAUUGGCAUUUCAAUCGCAUGGAUCCCGAUCGUCCAGUCAAGCAGUGAAUUAUUCCACUAUAUUCAAUCGGUUACCAGUUACUUGGCUCCACCUGUCUGUUCCGGUGCUUUCUAUUCCCUCAUUGUCGGUCUCGUGGUUGGUAUUGCCCGAUUCGUCUGGGAGACUGUGUAUUCUCGUUCGGUUUGUGGUGAACUGCGUGAGGAAACUCUGGCCCUGAAAAUGAUCACCAAACUGCACUAUCUACACUUUGGUGUUGUCCUUCUAUUCAUCUCCACUACGGUCGGUGUGGUUGUCAGUUUGUUUACCAAACCGCUUCCGGAAAAAUACGUAAGUCCAGUUACCCAGCAUGAUACCAUGGGCAUGACCUAUUGGACGCGUAAUUUCAAGCCCGAUGUAACAAGACACACGGGUGAAGAAAUAGACGGACAAGAAUUUACCGUUGAGCAAACGGAGGACCCUACGUGUAUACACGCGUUUGAGGCUGUAUAUCCAGACGAGACGAUAGCACCGGAAGUAACACCAACGAAAUACCCCUGGUACAAACGUAUAGCUUACUGGAUUUGCGGCAUCGAGACAACUCCGACCACGGAAAACGACACAGUGAUUGAGGAGCUCACUUUAAGCAUUGAUGAAGAGCCUAAAUGGGUGAUUUUCAAUGAGAUCUCCGCUGUUGUUCUGCUUGUUGCUGUGGCCUGUCUCUGGGGAUUUUUCGCUUAA